AUGAGCUCACGGGAAAGGAAUGUUGCCAAGCGAAAAGCAAGAAGCUUGUCAAAACAUUUAUCUGGUAACAAUAAUGGAUCAGAAGAGGCUUGCCCUGUGAAACGUGUGAAAAGGGAACGAUCAUCAGGAUCUGUUGAAUCUGAUGACUCUGUGUCACAGAUGGAAGAGUCAGAAGACUGGCCUUUCCAGAACUUCUGUGAGGUGUUGAUGAAUGACUUGUUCCAUAGUUCAUGGGAGAUCAGGCAUGGGGCAGCUACAGGCUUGCGAGAAGUUGUCAAGCAUCAUGGCAGAGGGGCAGGGAAAGCUGCAGAUAUCCCCAGCAACCAGCUGUUGUCAGUAAACCAGAUCUGGCUGUCUGAUUUAGCUUUGCGACUCUUGUGUGUACUAGCACUGGAUAGAUUUGGGGAUUUUGUCUCAGAUGAAGUUGUGGCACCUGUCAGAGAAACCUGUGCUCAGGCCCUGGGUGCAGUGUUGAAGUACAUGGAAGAACCUGCAGUGUCAGGUGUGGUCAAUAUAUCACUGCAGUUGUUGGCUCAGGACCAGUGGGAGGUUCGUCAUGGGGCACUUCUGAGUCUCAAGUACAUUCUGGCUGUCCGACAGGAUAUGACAUCCCAGCUGUUGCCAAUGUUGCUGUCUGCUAUACAUAGAGGUCUGCAGGAUCCUGAUGAUGAUGUGAGAGCUGUGGCUGCGGCAUCUCUGAUCCCUGUGACUGAGUCACUGGUGCAAUGUUUACCAGGACAGGUAUCCAUUAUAUUGAGCUGUCUGUGGGAUACUCUUGCUGAUCUGGAUGACCUGACAGCCUCGACUAACAGUAUCAUGACCCUGCUGGCCAAGCUCAUGUCCCACCCAGUGACUAAGUCAUCAGCUUU